UGACCAUUGGCCCAAGCCUUGGCCAGUGCUUGGCCCAAUGGUUCGAUUAUGUUAAGCCGAGCCUUGGCAGCUGACCAUUGGCCCAAGCCUCGGCCAGUGCUUGGCUCAAUGGUUUGAUUACAUUAAACCAAACCUUGGCAGCUGACCAUUGGCCCGAGUCUAGGCCGAGGCUUGGUCUAAUGGUUUGAUUAAAUUAAGCCGAGCCUCGGGUAGUGACCAUUGGCCCGAUCCCUGGCCAGGACUUGGUCCUAUGUUUUGAUUGUGAUUAAAUCGAGCCUUGAGAGAUAACCAUAGGACCAAGUUUUCGUUUAAGCUGGACACAGCGAUUUGAUUAGUUUAGAUUACUAAAUUCAAAUUGAAAAAAUACUUAAUUAUGAAUCGUGCAAAUAGUUUAUAAAUAUAAAUAUACAAUAUAGUUCUGUCAAGUAAUCAUACUUCAGUACGUCAUUGUAAAAUUCACAUUUAUUAAUUAUUAGUAAAAUUACUAGGACAAUAAAUAAUUUUAAUUCAGUAUAAUUGUGUAUAGAUAUGAAAUUUGCGUUAGUGUUUGUCCGUAUGUGUGUGUAACCAGUAUUGUAAACAUAACCUUUAAAAGUGGUAAGUGUCAUAUCACAAUGUCUCGCAAACGUUCGAGUUCUCAUAAUUUUUAUUAUAAAAUUAAAAAAGAGCGGUACAUGAAAAGUGUGGCAUCUGAUUCUGAUAGCGAAGACAGUGACGGUGCCAAUGACAGAAUUGUUACAAACAGUAUAUGCACUAAUCAUAGUGCUACUAAUGAUGAAUCUCGAAUUUUAUUUGAUAAAGUGGAUAGCAAUGAAACAAAUUCGUCUUCUGGUAGCUUUCAUAUUGAAUCAAAUGAUCAGCUUCAAGAUGAAAUAUCAGAGCCCAAUGAAGUCCAGGUACAAAAACCUGCAGAUGAAAAUCUUCACUCCAAAUUAAUAAAAUGGGUAAUUAAUAAUAUUGAUAAAUUACCUCUAACAUCUGUAGAUGAGCUUUUACAAGUUUUGAUAAGUGAGGGUUACAAAACAUUUCCUCCGACAGCUCAUGCUCUUUUAGGUUAUAAGCACUGUAUUAAUUCACAACGUGUAUUAACAAAAAAUGGUACUUUUGGGCAGUAUUUAUACUUAGGAAUACUAAACGGUUUAGAAAACCGAAUUGAUCCAGGAGCAUUCAACGAAGAUUCGAUUAAAAUAGUUGUGUUCAUAGAUGGUAUGAAAAUAUAUAAAAAUUCAAAAGGUCAACUUUGGCCUAUUGCAGUACAGCUGUAUGACAAAAAAUAUAUAUGUCCUCCUUUUAUUGCUGGAUUAUUUUACGGUGAUGCUAAACCUAGUGAUGUUGGUAGCCUUCUGAAUGAUUUCGUCGAUGAAGUUAAAUUAUUAGUUACUAAUGGUGUGACAAUACAAGGGACAAGUUAUUCUUUUAAACUAGUCGCCUUGAUUGCUGACGGACAAGCCCGAGCGUACUUGAAGUGCAUAAAGGGGCCAAUAGCAUUUUAUGGAUGUGAACGCUGUACCAUUAGAGGUGUUACAAUACAAAAAAAACGCGUCUAUCCGGAAACAAAUUUUGAAAAACGCUCUAAAGAUUCUUUUGAUAAUAAAACUCAACCUGAACAUCACCAAGAGGAUGUUACUACCCCUCUUAUUAAGAUUCCUGGUUUCGAUCCAGUUAAAGACGUUAUUCUGGACUCAAUGCAUUUAUUGUUUCUAGGAGCAAUGAAAUAUCUAUUGGUGAAAUGGGUAGAAAAGGGAAGUUCAGUUAGACUAAGCCGUCAAAAUCGACAGACUUUCAAAAGAGUAAUGGACUCUGUUAGUGAAUAUGUACCUAAAGAAUUUCAGCGAAAGGUAUUCGAUACUGAUGAUGUGUCACAUUGGAAGGCCACGCAGUAUCGUUUUAUGCUGUUGUAUGCUGGCCCAAUUAUUUUAAAGUUCGUACUAAACACGAAUGUGUACAAACAUUUUUUACUGUUACACGUUGCUUGUCGCAUUCUCUGCAGUGCAGAGCUAGUAGUUGAAAACGUUGAUUAUGCUGAUAAUUUACUAAAAAAGUUUUUUAAACUAAUGCCGAAAUUUUAUGGAGAAGCAUGUCAAGUAAUGAACUUUCACAAUCUGAUACACGUUGCAGAUGAUGUGAGACAUCUUCAAGCUCCAUUGAGCGAUUUCUCAUCAUUUUGGGGUGAAAAUUUUAUAGGCAAAUUAAAAUAUUUCGUACAAUCAGCAGCAAAGCCCUUGCAACAAAUUAUUAAUCGUUUAAAUGCUGUCGAAACCUUAGGCAAUAUUAAAAUUAAAAAAAAAUGUAUACUUGAAGAGUAUAAUAUUAAUGAAAAUGCAGAUGUAAUUAGAGAUGAUGAAGGUCGAAUGAUACCAGUCAACUCUGUCAAAAUAUAUGACAUGUUUAUAAGCAGUAGUCCUCCAAAUAAUACUGUUCAAUUAAAAAAUAAUAAGAUCUUUAUUAUAAGUGAUAUACUUUUAAGGGAAAAUGAUUCCACUGUUAAAGAUCUAAAUGAUUUUUAUAUAGAGGGCUUCGAAGGUGUUGGAGUAGAAGAAAUAUUUGUGAAUCCAUGUAAAUCGAGUGACUUAGGCUCUGUUAAAAUUAAUGAAUUUUCAGAAAAGAUGAAACGUUUCUCAUUGAAGAAAAUGAAAAGCAAAUGUUUGUUAUUAAAAGUUAAUAAUGACAACUAUGCAAUUACAUUUCUGCACUCUAUUUGUACAGAAAAUUACGAGUAAACUUAAAAACAAAGAACU